AUGGAGAAUUACACCCAACUUCGUGUGUUGGGGAAAGGUAGCUUUGGCUCCGCAUGGUUAGUGCAACGUCGAAGCGACCGCGUGAAGUUUGUAGCUAAAGAGGUGAGAUUAGCCGGUUUACGGCCUGCCGAACGGGACAGUGCCAAACGCGAGAUUGACCUUCUUCGUACUCUUCACCAUCCAAAUAUUACGCGAUAUGUGGACCAUUUUGAACACCGUGGUGCGUUGUAUAUUGUAAUGGAGUAUGCAGACGGUGGGGAUCUGUAUUCAGCAAUUAGAAAUCGCAGAGGCACGCGUUUCUCUGAAAAAGAGAUUUUACACUAUUUUUCACAGCUGUGUUUGGCUAUGCUGCAUUUGCAUGAAAAGCACAUUUUGCACCGUGACCUGAAAACGCAAAACGUUUUUCUGACGAGUGAUGGGGUUGUUAAAUUGGGUGACUUUGGUAUUAGUACCGUGUUACGCAACACAUUCGAACUGAAGCGGACAGUGUGCGGAACUCCGUAUUAUUUUUCGCCGGAGCUGUGCCUUAAUAAACCGUACAACAAUAAGAGUGAUGUAUGGGCCCUUGGCUGCAUUUUAUAUGAACUGACGACCCUGACGCAUGCUUUCGACGGAAACAAUAUGAAGGCCCUCGUACAGAAAAUUCUAAAGGGUAGCUACCCGCCUAUCCAUAGUAGUUAUUCGACUAGUUUGUCUAAGCUCAUAUCGUCAAUGCUUCAGAUUGAUCCCCAACGGCGUCCAAGUGUUAGCGAAAUUAUUUCAUCUCCAUACAUACGUGAGUCACUCUCAUUACUGCAACGAGUGGUCAAAGAUGCCCACAAUAAUAAAGGGCCAUGCCAACUAGCAGGUGACAAGGAGCGGGCAGCAGCUGGAUUUAAACAGCAGGAAAAGGCCCAGGAGGCCCCCAUGCGGGCUGAAGAACGCCGUAAAGAAGAACACGCAAAGGCAAUGCAUGCUGCAAAGGAGCGAUUACAACUCCGCAUGCAAGGUGAAGCUCGAAAUCGUGAAAAUGAAGAGAAGUUGCGGCAACUGAAGCUGGACCAACGCCAAGCGGAAGUGGAGCAGAAGAUAAGAAAACAAGAAUUGGAAGCCCGUGUGCGGGAGCAGCGAAAACUACUUGAAAAGCGAGCCAAAGCGCACGCACUGUUGGAGAAACAAAGGGAAGAGGAAUGGGAGCGCAACAUGAGGGAGCAUGCAGAGGAAGUUAGGCGAGGCCAAGGAGAGGAGGGUUGUGCACGUGACAACAGAGAAACAAACGCUCCUAACGAUAGACCGUGUAAUCGAUACGGUGAUGGUGGACGGCGGUCUCCAUUGAAAGUCCCACCUUCUCCAACAGCAGCAGCAGAGUUGUACCGUGAGAUGCGCCGCCAGGCAGCCCUGAAUAAGCAGCGCUUUAUGGAAGAGAUGAAAGUAGAGCAACCACCUCCUGCCGUUAGCGGGCAACCCAACGGGAAUGGGAAAUUACCACCGAAUAGGGGAGGGAACGCGUUGGGUAACCCUCUGGGGAAUGGCCAGCAGCCGCAACCGAUAUCACCACUAGACGAUAUGGAAGCACGCCGCAAGGCUUAUUGGGAUAUGCGGCGGGAGGCAGAAGAGAACAGGCGACGAGCACUGGCUUUAGAGGCAGGUCCAAGCGCUGUGCAGGUGGAACAACCCGAAGCGGCACCCCCUAAGGAAUCGGCAAUGCCACACAUAGUGAAAAAGCCUGCACCACAGCAACGGCCGCAAGCCAAUGAUAACAAACCAAAGGAUGUUUGCCCUUUGCUCUAUGCAAAGCGCACCGCCAACAAUGAGGGCCCGCCGUCGCCACAACUGGAGCCGAACACUCCCGCCAAUAGGGUUGGAGUCUACCCUGAAGUUAGUCGCGCAGAUUCUCCAGAUAGUGGGACGGAGGUGAAGAGAGACGAGGAUUAUAACGCACUCCAGACUCUUAUAGACAGGGCGCUGACAAAGAAGGGCGAUCGUGAGAGUGAUGAAGACUUCAAUGAUGAAGCGUUCGUGGACUCUGAUAUAUCACGUUUUGUGCUGGAUGGACGGACACUCGUGCUUCCGAAAGUGCAAGCCACAGAUCCAUUGAUGCACCGUAUCGAGUCUCUUCGCCUUUUCCUUGAGGGCGAACUUGGCGAGUCCAAACUCUUGGGAGCUUACCGGCAGAUGAAUGAUAUUAGUGCGGACGACGACGAAGCAAUGCAGCGUGUUCGGGAUGAACUUCCAGAAGCCCACCAUAAAUACAUCCCAAUCAUUGCCCAACUGAUUGUGUGCGAAGAUGCAUUUAAUCGUCAAAUGCUGCGGUAG